UCUGUCCACGUCAGUUCACACGUUUUUCUGGGGACGUAAUUCAAGAACGACGAGCACGGCGGUCCGCUCGAAACUCGUAAUCGUCGAUGAACGAAACGUUCACGCAGAUGACAAGUCACCUAGACAUUUCCUAGCGUAAACAAGGUGCUCAUUGCGAUCUCGCAGGAUCAAUUGAGAUUUUGUCGCAUAGUGCAACGAAGAUGCAUUGGACACUGUACGCGCUGAUAAUUGGAUCGUUUGGAUCCAAAUACAUCCUCGUCCAGGCGCAAAGAGUCGCACCUGGCGUACCGCCUCAGCAUUAUCAGCAGAAUGUUCAAGUACCACAACAUGCGCAGCAAGUACCGCAGCAACAGUAUCAUGUACCAGUACAGCAGCAGGUUCCUGUUCAGCAAGCACCAAUGCAACAGGUACCUGUACAACAACAGGUACCUGCGCAACAGCAAGUACCUGUACAGCAGCAAGUACCCGUUCAACAAGUGCCUGGUCAACAGUCUCAAAAUCAUCAACCACAUGGACAUGGUCAUGGACCACCUCAGUUACUUAACACUGCCAAUAUAGCGCAUGAAAAAGAACAUAUUGCUGAGCAUGCUGACGUACCAAUAGAUACCAGCAAAAUGACAGAUCAGGAGCUGCAGUUCCAUUAUUUCAAAAUGCAUGAUGCAGAUAAUAACAAUAAGUUAGACGGUUGUGAGCUGAUCAAGUCUCUUAUACAUUGGCAUGAACAAGGUGGUUCGGAAACUGGUGGUGUGCAAGGCGAUAAAUUGUUCAAAGAUGAAGAAUUAGUGCAAUUGAUAGAUCCGAUACUUAGCAUGGACGACAGUAACAACGACGGUUAUAUUGAUUAUCCAGAAUUUAUUCGAGCCCAACAAAAUGCUGCAGCUAAUGCACGUCCAUAAAUUUUGACGAACCGAAAUCUAUGAACUGUGACUAAAAAGGAUCUUGUAAAACCGAAGGAAUGCAGGGAUUGUUGGAUUUUUUCAUUAUGACUGUUUAAUGAUGCAUUAUUGACAUAUUAUUUAUUCUAUGUGUAUAACGAAGUAGAAUCGGUAUUUGUGAUAAUGCAUCCUUUAUCGACUUAAUUAUUGAAUUAUAAAUAAGAAAAUAUAUGAACACACAAAAA